AUGGAGGCAUCACGAGGACCCCCUCGGGUCAAAAACAAGGCGCCGGCGCCUAUUCAGAUCUCUGCGGAGCAGCUGCUGCGCGAGGCUGUCGAUCGACAAGAGCCCGGUCUGCAGGCGCCAACACAACGUUUCGCCGAUCUCGAGGAACUGCACGAGUAUCAAGGCCGAAAGCGCAAGGAAUUUGAGGACUAUGUGCGACGGAACCGCAUUAACAUGAACAAUUGGAUGCGCUAUGCUGCCUGGGAACUGGAACAAAAGGAAUUCCGUCGAGCGCGCUCGAUCUUUGAGCGAGCUCUGGACGUGGACUCAACGUCUGUGGUGCUCUGGAUUCGCUACAUCGAAGCCGAAAUGAAGACACGCAACAUCAACCAUGCUCGCAAUCUUCUGGACCGCGCUGUGACAAUCCUCCCCCGCGUGGACAAGCUCUGGUAUAAGUAUGUUUACAUGGAGGAGACUUUGGGCAAUAUUCCUGGUACUCGGCAAGUCUUUGAGCGAUGGAUGUCAUGGGAACCUGACGAGGGAGCCUGGGGUGCAUACAUCAAGCUGGAAAAGCGGUACAAUGAAUUCGAGCGCGCGCGCGCCAUCUUCCAGCGGUUCACCAUCGUUCAUCCCGAGCCCAGAAACUGGAUCAAGUGGGCUCGGUUCGAGGAGGAAUACGGCACCAGCGAUCUAGUCCGUGAGGUGUACGGUCUCGCUAUUGAAACCCUUGGCGAAGAUUUCAUGGACGAGAAGCUGUUUGUGGCUUAUGCGAAGUUCGAAGCAAAGUUGAAGGAAUUCGAGCGCGCUCGGGCUAUCUACAAGUACGCUUUGGAUCGUCUUCCGCGAUCAAAGUCGAUGACACUUCACAAGGCCUACACUACAUUCGAGAAGCAAUUCGGUGACCGAGACGGCGUGGAGGAUGUUAUUUUAUCUAAACGUCGUGUCCAAUACGAAGAGCAACUGAAGGAAAACCCUCGAAAUUACGAUAUCUGGUUCGAUUUUGCUCGACUCGAGGAGACUGCUGGAGAUCCUGAACGUGUUCGCGACAUCUAUGAGCGGGCAAUCGCACAAAUUCCUCCAUCCCAGGAAAAGCGACACUGGCGCCGGUACAUCUACCUCUGGAUUUUUUACGCCAUCUGGGAAGAGAUGGAAGCCAAGGAUGCGGAACGUGCAAGGCAAAUCUACCAAGAGUGUAUCGCGCUCAUCCCACAUAAGAAGUUUACAUUUGCCAAGGUCUGGCUCAUGAAAGCGCAAUUUGAAAUCCGGCAGAUGGAAUUACAAGCCGCCCGAAAGACGCUGGGUCAAUCCAUCGGCAUGUGUCCCAAGGACAAGCUUUUCCGCGGCUACAUUGACCUCGAGCGUCAAUUAUUCGAGUUUGUGCGAUGCCGCACCUUGCACGAGAAGCAAAUUGAGUGGAAUCCAUCCAAUAGCCAAGCCUGGAUUCAGUAUGCUGAACUUGAACGGGGGCUGGAUGAUUUGGAGCGUGCGCGGGCUCUCUAUGAGCUUGGCAUUGAUCAGCCCACGCUGGACAUGCCAGAAUUAGUCUGGAAGUCUUACAUUGACUUUGAGGAGGACGAGGGCGAGUACGACAGAGUUCGCGCCCUGUACGAACGUCUACUCUCCAAGACGGACCACGUCAAAGUAUGGAUCAACUACGCCAGAUUCGAGAUCAACAUUCCAGAGGACGACGAAGAGGAGGAAGAAGAUGAAGAAUCCCGGCCAGUCAGCGAGGAGGCGAAGCAUCGGGCACGAGCAGUGUUCGAGCGGGCGCACAAGGUCUUCAAAGACAAGGAGCUCAAGGAGGAGCGCGUCGAAUUGCUCAAUGCUUGGCGAUCAUUCGAACAUACUCAUGGAUCCCCCGAGGAGAUCGAGAAGAUCGAGAAGCAGAUGCCGCGCCGGGUCAAGAAGCGCCGCAAGCUGGAAGACGACCGGUACGAGGAAUACAUGGACUAUGUGUUCCCUGCCGACGACAAGUCUGCCGCGAAUCUGUCUCGGCUGCUCCAACAAGCGCACCAGUGGAAGCAGCAGCAGGCUUCCUUCUCCGCGUAA